AUGGGCAAUGAUGUAAAAUCUCGUCUUCAUUUACCUAAAAAACAUGACCGUGCACCAAAAGAUGAACGUGAAACAGGUAGCAGUACAAACCCUGGUCAUCAUGAUGUCGAUAAAGAAAUUAUGAAGGGUCCUAAUCGUGCUCGUGCAGCAGACUCAAAUCCAUCUGAUUUUGGUAGCGGAACGGGAACAGUUCGUGAUGGUGAUACGGGAAAUCCAACUAAUACAGCUCGUGGGCGUCCUUAG